UUGGCCCCGUAUACGCUCUAAUGCGCCUUCUGAUGGUGGGUCUGUGUGUAUUUCAGUCUAGCAUACCUAGCACACGCCAGUACCUUGUCGAUCGAUGGUAGGUUAAUUUCAAGCACACUGACGGGCUUGUUGAGCUGUAAGACAUUUUAAUAUUAAGCCGUGAAACGCCACCAACGAAUGUUGGCAAGAGUUCGUUGUUUGCUAUCACCAAAAGAGACGACAGUAGCAAUUCCGAUGGGAAGAAGCAACGUAAAAGCGACGUGCUAGAACCAGUGCAACGAACCUAUCCUUAGCCCGUGCUUCCCCAACGUACGACAGGAGCAACAGUCCAAAGCUGACUCACAGAAGAUCUCGAAUUUCGUGAACCCUUGCCGCGGCAGCUCGUAGUGGGAUUUAUUUUCCAAUCCGCUUCCAACGCGCCGGACAUUGGCGCGGUUUAUGGCGUUGCAGCCGAAUCGGAAUUCGUGACGGGAGGGCACGGGCGGACCAAAACCACCUUAAUAAAGCAAACUUCCAAAAAAUGGCAAAAACCACAUUCGUCCAUGGUCCGUAGCCCGGUUUCUCCCCAUGUUCCUGUCCGGUGACUGCGGUGAGACGCACAGUGAUGGGUACCGUGCGAGUGGAGUGAAUUCGCAAAAGUUUUCGCGAUCCAAAUGGACGGACUGCACCAGUUUUCGGACGACUGCUGAACAGUUACGAUCGAUCGUUAAUGAAUUCCCGUCUGCGUGCACGUUCCAUAGUGGAGUUGUGUGUUUAUGUGAAGUGUGUGUGUGUGGUGUUUUUUGGUGUGUCUUAACGAAACGCACGUUCCUUGGAAGAGUUUUGUAAUUUUUACGAUCAUGUGAUCAUCCGGCUAUCGGAUCAUGGUAGCUCUGGUGAAUGAUCACAGCGUAGUAAUACACAAAUUUGGGCGAAAGUAAAACAGGAAAAUAAAACCCGAAAAUCCAAUUUAAGAACCCAAUUAGCCUGUUCGCAGCCAUUCUCAGCCGCGUUACAACCUUCCUUCGGUGCGCUAUGUGUGGUCACCUUUUCGUUCGGAAGGCGUCGAUAUUGGCAAGGUGUCGCAGUGUGAAAACAGCUUGUUAGUUAUAACAGCCAUUAAGUGCGCUACUGUGAUUUAGAGGCAGUAUCAUUAGCAUACGGUUCACCACCGACCGAUAUCCGCUCAGGAUCAGGAUAGACAAGCUUAAAGCAGUGCUAAUGGUGUCACAGGAGCAACCACGGGAAUAAACUAAUAAAAAAGAAAUACUAAUUUUCAAUCACCUAAUUAGCCGCGUGUCUGUCACGCGGGUAUCGCGAGCAGAGAGCUUUUACGAUCGUCGCAGUCAUCGUCGGAGUUCGGAGCUGCAGUCAACGGGCGGACGAUCAGAAGGUGCGGAACCGACGUCCAUCUGCGGGAAGGCAAGCACAAGUAUUCGAUCGAUCCAGCGCGUAAAACGCAUCCCGUGUAAAAUUGGAACACGGCCCGUUCCCGAACGAACCGGUCAGGGGAAAUAAAACGCUUAACCCCUAUCCAGCAGCAAAGGAUGGAAGUGGCCGCCAUGGCAACGGGAACCGGUACGACGGCGGCAACGCGAGCACCAUUCCAGCGCGAGGUGCGCGAGUGGCAACAUGUCGAUCCAAAUACGGGCGCCCUGCUGACGGGACGGCUCGAAGCGGGCCGGUGGGUAAAUGGACCACUGAACAGCUACGGCAAGAUGGUGUCACAGAACCUGUCCACACCGGACGGUACGCAGCAUACGCAGCGGAAGCAAAUGGAGAUUUUGCAAGCCCGCACGGCCGCCGGCUCGCUGCAAGUUGUCCGUGCCCAAACCGUACAAACGACCUCAUCCCGCUGGUCCUCGUCGAUGCUUCAUUCGAGCGAACAAACGUCGAACAGUGUUGGCGCCAGCGCCGGCAGUAUCAUGGUACCCGCAUCCCACCAGCACACAACCAACGGGUUCACGAGCCAUCAUCUGCUGUCCUCCUUCCAUCGUCCACUGUCCUCUGAUUCUACGAGCAGCAGCAGACUAUUGGCUGCAGGAUCGAGUAGAUCCGAUGCAUCUCAGACGACACCACCAUCCGGAACUGCGUUCGUGAGCUCGUCGAAACCAUUUCCUCAAUUUUCCAGCCCAACCGGAUCGAGCAGUUUCAUCAGCAGCGGUGGACCGCUCAGAUAUGGCCGGGUGUAUGCAGUCGGUUCGGACGCGCAUGACGAACGUUCUUGCACCUCUUCCUACCACCAUCCAGCACACACCGUUGCUGCCGAACAGGAAAGCAUCAACGGGGGCAACAUACCGCUGGCCCGCGGCAAAAGCAUCUCGAUCGAGGACCUUUCGACCGAGCGUGACGAGAACAACUUCGAUGACGACGUCGAACCUACGCAGUGGAAGCGAGUGAGCAAAAUACGGCGAUCAUUACAGUUCCCAAGGAAAACUACCCCGAGAACCAACACACGACCGAUUGAUCUACCCGAGAACUCAGUGAGUGUGUCCCGCAUCUGUCAGGAGCUAGAGAACGGCCGCAGGCUUAAUACGGCCAUGCGCAACAAUCAUAUCGACUUUGUGGCGUUGGACAACAUACUUAAAAGUGUGACUGAUCAACCCAGCACAACGUCGACAACGCCGCCCAUCAAGCCGACGGAAUCAGCUGCAAAGUCACCGCCAAAAGCGUCAUUCUUGACGGCGGAUACGUUGCGUGAAAUUCGUGGUCGUCUGCGACGGCUCAGCAACGAGUCGCUCUAUCGUGACGACAUGAGUCCGACAGAUGAUGCUUCCGGGCAGCCUGUGAGCGGUCGUCGUGGCAGUGACGAUGGUGGCGUAACCAUUACCGAAGUAGAGACACGCCUAGGGCAGUUAGAAACGAGCAGUUCGUCCGAUUCGAACUAUCGUAGCAAUAGCUUACAGUCCACCAAGAAGCCAGCGCCGGAUACGACCGUACUUGCGCCAGACGAUUGGCAUUCGCGUCGGAAAUCGUACGGGUUUGAGCGGAUGAGUCAACAACCGCUCGGUAGUGGAUUUGCCAUGGCAAAGAUGGAUUCUUCUACGGACAGCGGAAUAGGCCGCUCGUCCGAUUUGAGUUCCAGUUGGUCGAGUGCGGCUACCGAGAGUAGCCAGGGGGGAAACAAUCUGUCGAAUGGAGCACCAAACUCCUAUCAUCAGCGGGCAACGAUUGUUACUUUGGGCGAAAGAUCGCAACUGAAGGAGAAGCAAGCGACGAACCCAGCGAUGGUGAUCAAAAUCACUAGUAAACCAUCGGCGAGUGCAAUCGAUACGUUUGUUCCUUCGACGGAACCGGAAGAGGAACCGAAACGCCACUCGAUCGCAGUCGACGAAACAAGUUACGUACGCGACAGUUUGCGCAGCAUGUUUGAGCGCAAAUCGUCGGUAAACGUGAACGGGUUCAGUCACACCUUUAUUGAUGAUUUGAGUCGCAACAAGAAACGCGUAGAGUUCUGCAAGACAGAGGUACACUUUACGGCGGAUUCGGGCCGGGUGAAUAUCGUCGAAACGGACGAAAAGCCACCGCCAACGAACAAUUUCCGUCGCCGCCGGCGAUCCUCUGGUGGUGCAUCGCCAGGCAGUGCCUCGUACUUGGUGUCGAAUCUUGAAGGGGAGUCGGAAAUUGUUAACGCUACCGAUGAAUCGAAGCUGGGUCCUUCGGGCGAGGGUGCUGCUGCAUUGGAGCAGGAUUUCGCGCCGGUUGUUACAACCACCAUCGGUAUCGGCCGUCCUGCACCGGAACCGACACCGAGAAAGUACGUCCCAUCGUCCAUCACUACUGCCAGCACCAGCGGUGUAGUGCAGGUGUCGGAUGAAAGUGAUGGUCACUCGACGGAUGAGAUAUCACUUCGUAGCAUACUGAAAAACAAACCGAUCAAACCGAAACCGUACGUGCUGGGGGAGAAUCUGGACAGCAAUGAAGCUCUGUGGGGCGUGAAGCUAAGACCGGUCGGGACGACCUCAUCGGCGGUAGAGCAAGGCGCCCGGUUGAGCGUUGAGCUGGGAAACGAAACGAAGAGUGUCUCACCCAUCGCUACCGGGAGUUAUUCAACGAAGAUCAAUUUGACGCAACAGCCACAAGGCGGGAGUACAAGUUCCUGGAGUAGCAGCAAUUCCGCAGUGGACAAAGCGAUCCUUCACAGUACGGCCAGCAGCACCAGCACUGAGGCUGCUGCAUCGAAAUCGACCACAAAGAUACUGAUUGACAUGACGGCUGCGAGUGACGAAAAAGCACCAGCAACGACCCCCAUUACCGGGGAUGAGCUUAAGUCGACCUCACUGAUCAUGCGUACAAUGCGUGCUGCAACGAAGCUAGAUGAAGCAUUGAAGAGUCUGCAGGCAUUGCGGAGGGAUUCGCUCGGCGACAACGGCACAUCGCCACUGUAUCAACGAAGUACCGAUGUGUCCAGCCCGAAGGCGCGCAGACAUUCGGCAUUUUGUCAACUAAACGGAGGUGUUACCGGUAGCAACAGCAGCAGCAGCACGAUCAGCAGUCACUCGAUCGCAAAGUCAAGCAGCGCAAGCAGCAUCUACACGGACUAUCCUAAGCUGAAGGCGACGAAGUACGCAUCGUCCCUUGAUGGAGAUUCGUUGGAGCGUGACACCUCUUCGGUGUACGGUGUGUCCCGCUACUCUUCCAUCAUGCCAUCCACGACGGCAGCGAAACGCAUCCUAACGAGCGAAUCUCGGCUAUCCGAUUUCGAGGCAUACAUUAGCAAGAACACGUCAGUGCGUCGUUCGAGCACGGCAGAUGAUGUUGAUCGUCUCAGCAGCAAACCGAUUGCCGCCCCAAGAUUGAAGAAGCUCGGCUCAACCGUACUUAGUCAGCAGCUGUCGCAGCUGCGAAGAUUGUACGAUGCCGCCGAACUGUACGACAGCGAUAGCGAUAGUGCGAAGGCAGACGAGGAGGUGAAGCUGUACCUUGGCAAUCUGGCCGAUACAUCCUCGUCGACAUCUUCCUUUGGACAGGCGACCGAACUGUCCGGCAGCUGGAGUCGCAUAAAGGCUAAGCGAAACAUUCAGAAAUUCAGCAGCAGCAGCAGCAGCAGCAAUAACUUCACGGCGGCAAAGCGCGUUGAGAUUAAGGAUGCCUCAUUCUCGGUGAACUCUUCUGCAGAGUUUGAUAUUGUAAAACCCUCGGCCGUGGUCAACCGUCAGCCGAGCAAGCCUUCCGCUGUGAUGUCGAUUGAGUUGAAGAGCCCGACGCCUGUCAGAAAACUGCCACCUUCUCACUCCUCUAGUCCAGAUACAUCUACAACAAAAAUUUCAGCACCACUGAACGACGAAUCGAUAGUAGAUAGCCAGCAGCAAUCCCCUAAAUUCCGGCGAUAUAUUCCGACCACGGCCACCACGCCCGGUACCGUGCGCAACGAGGAACGAGCCUCGCUCCGGCUGUCAUCCGGUGCGCGGCAAUUGCGCGAGAAUGAACUGUCAUUUUUCGGCGUUAACCCGAACAAGCAGCAGUCGUCCGGAACGGCGGCCCCAUCCGGCAAACCGCCAACGAAUUCGACGACCGCCCCCAGUUCACCCUUUCAACGAUCAGCUACGCUAACGUCUUCUUUUAUUAGACGCUCCGGUACGUGUAGUGCCGGUGAUGGUACCGCUUCCAAAGCGUCCCUCUGGCAGCUAACGAAUGAUAAACCGGAUCUGUUGCGUCACAGCCAACUGGACCCAUCUGAGACGAAGGCGCCAGCCGUUGCCGCCCCUCGUCCAACAGUUGUCCGAACGGGUGUUGCAUCAUCAGUUGCGACGAGCAAUAGCGUGAGCGUGACUAGCAGCAGUAGCAGUGUGACGACCUCUACACUCUCUUCGGCCGAAGGUGGCAGUCCACAUUACGAAAAUUUAUCCAAUUUUGUAAUGAAACCGAAAGCGGCUCAGCGUUCGGUGGGCGCUUCCCCAGCCGGUAUUGAACCGAUGGUGGAGAGUGAAAGGACGACCGCUGUAACUCCUGCAUACGACCGGAAAAAGGAUUUGGAAAGGGACGAACGUAUUCUGGAGGAACUAACCCGAGCCGCGGAUGAAAUAAUGAAUGUUGUGAACAAUAUGUCGAAUGGGGAGAGCGUAGAGAGCAUCUUGAACGAGCUGAACGACGGUGAAGGACACCGUCGAAGGCUUUCGAACGGUGGAUGCACACUCGGCACCAUCCGUGAGUGUUCGACUACGAACAAGAUUAUGAAAUCGCGAGGCGUACAAGUGUCCAAGAACAUUGACGACAGUCUCAAACGACACCAGCAGCGUCAAUCGAGAUUGUCAUCCGCUUCAUCGAAUGAAAGUAUCGGUCACCGUCCAGAGGGAAAUUUCACACGCAGUGUUUCAUUGCGGGGUCCAUCGAGCGGAACCGUGACUACCGGAGAUAGCCUGUCGAGCCGGUCCGGAUCAAGCCGACGAAGUCGUGCUCCGAUGGCGACCGAAACCCGCCGCCUGGUGCGAAUGUGCAGCAAGGAGAAGCUCCAGUCGAAUGCUAGCUCGUCGGAAGAUCUGCCGAACAGUGGUGCCGUUGAGCCGCCACGUCGACCGCGCAGAACGCGCUACCAUUCGAAGGAUUCGAAGGAUCAGCAGCAAAGCGCGGCAAGCAACGGCCAUAGCACUAGAACGGAGCAACGCACCUUGGGAUCCUCUUCGCGAUCGCAUCGCAGCGAGCGAUCGGGCGGAUCGAUCAGAACUACCAGUUCCAGGCUGGGUCACAGUGCUACCUCGAACGGACACACCCAGGUGGCAGUAGGUGCGGCAAACGUUCACCAUCAUGCGCUUCAUUCCGCGUCGUGUCCGUCGUCCCGCACCGUCAAGCAGCCGGGUACCAACGGACACCAUCCACAGCUGGCCUCAUCCGCCACCACAACGUACGUAUUGCAAUCGUUCAUGCUGGUACCGCCGCCCCGGCGCAAACGACGCCAGCAGCUACAGCAGCACCCAACGAAGGUGGCCAAGGUUGUGCGACGGCAUUCGUCGCGGAUAUCGCGCCAUUCGCGGGAGCAAAAGCUGCACCCGGUGCGCAAACGACAACGCCGCCGGCUUGAGCAAUGCAUUUGUUCCUAAACCAAACGGCCACGCGGCACUUUUUGGCUGCUUUUAUCCUUAUACCAUCUUGCAAACAGCCUGCCACCAACAUCGAAUGCUUCCUCAUCGUUAUUAGUGCCAACCCAGGUGGUGCAUUACUUUUCGACCACCGAAUUUGCUGCCACUGUGCUGUGAGCUUAUGCGUGGUUACAUUACCAUUAUGGUCGUGGCUCGCCGGCCUAGCUUAAUUUCAUUUGACCGCCUGCCUUAUGUUGUGUGCGCGCGUGGGAUUGAUUGUGUGUGUGGGAGUGUGUGUGCAUAACAUCGAGGGUCAAUACUUCAAUGUGCGAUAGGUGAAUUUGCAAAUUUAUCAUUUUUUUACUUUUUCUUUUUCUUUCUACCUCCCUUUGUUGCACCCCGGUAAGGACAUUAAUAUCCUCUCCAGCAGCUACUGAUAUUUGAGGAGUUAAACGGUACUAAUAAUUGCUUUUUGUUUUUGCUAAAAAUUUUCAAACAUCAAACUACAACAAGCUUACAAAACUGAUUAAGUAACUACCAACAACUAACUGCGGCUAAUAUGUAAUAGGAAUUCGGAACCAACUUUCCCAUCAGUUCUGAUUCUCCUGUAACAUCGUAAUUAGAUGAUCUAAUUAUUGCCUUCUAAAUACCAUCGAAUCGAUUUGUACGUGCGCUACACUUUGUCCGCUGAUGCACUUUGAACAGUUUAUACUUGAUGUUCUUUAUCGUCAUCAAGUUUCCCUUGCUCACGGACGUAUAUGCCGUGCAGUUUAGAUUGCGCAAACGGGUUCCACGAGUUUCAACUUUAACACCCACUCGACGUAAGAGUACAUCCGUGUGAUCAAGAUCGCAGAUGGUCGAUGAUAGCUAAACCACAACACUCUUGUACACUACGUUCCAUGUAUGGACUUAUCAGUGGAUGCACAUUCUGCUCCUGUCUUGUUGUUUUACA